UCGGCCGUUGUUAGGCUUAGUGAACAUGUAACACGAGAUUUUCAGCCCCAUUGAUCAUUAAUUUAAGCUAUUGACAGAUUUAUAGCGUUGGAUUUCGACUUUCUUUGUAUCAAAUAAUUUAUAUUACAUGUAUACCUUUUUAAACUGCCAUUUGUCAUGUUAAAUGUAUGAUUUCAAAGUGCGAUAAAUGAUUAUAGAGACGACUUUCUCAAUAGAGGUAGACAGGCAACUUUUGUUUCACCAUAGUCUCAUACGGUAGAGAUGGCGAAUCGUGCUACAUCUCCGGACUCCGCAUCAAGUACUGCAGAGUUACCCAAUGUCCAUGGACUAAGUAAGGCAUCCCCACAUCCAGAAGAAUGGACACUUCCACACGAAUGGAAUAUAGAGAAGAGGGAAAUGUUUGAGAAUUGGAAGAUGGAUGUUCAGAAUCAGAUAUCGAAUAUUGCUGGAACGCUGAGCAACUCACUGCGGAAACAUCCACGGACUGACGUUGAAAGAUUAGACUAUAGUGAUGUCAUUGAAGAUAAUGUUCUCCAGAAAGCAGUUGUACAGAAGGAAAGGCAAGCAGGAAAUACGCUACACUACGGACUUGCAAGAGUUCCUGCUCCUAACAGAUAAUCGAGGAGAGGCACUCAAGUUUCAGUUUCUUUUUCGUUCUUAAAUAAACCUUGCACUAUACGAAGAUUGAGCUGGAUGCAAGUUGUUGUUGUGCGCGAACAUUGUAUUUGACAAUGAGCUUUUUUGCUAUCUAUAUCAACACCAGCUGGCCAUGAUUUAUACAUAUUAUAAACACAUUAUAUAUCAUAUUUAUAUUUUUGCGUGUGCUGCAAUAGGUAAUUUGGUUUUACUGUUAUUACAUUAGAAUUAAAUAUGCUUUGAAAUUUGACUGACACAAUUGAUGCUUCUAUUGAGGUACAAUGAGUUGAAGGUGACAAACAUAUUUAUACAAAGUGUGUAAUGAAAACUAUGAGUUUCAUUGGUUCUUUUAGCUCAACAAUAACUUCUUGUUAGCCGUUUGACCCGCAAGUUGGAGAUAUACGUUAUAUUAUAUAAAUAUGCAAAAGAGACCACAUAAAAUGGCUCAGUAUAACUAUUGAACACCUUAUGUAAUGUUUUGCUUUUCUCAAAAUGAAGUGAAUACUUGGAAAAUAUUAUAGUAUGAAGAUUUCUUUCCUGUACGUGAAAAUGUGGUAUAGACAAAUCUGAACUUUUCUACCUGCUGCCAUGAAAAAAGUGUCGUGCAGAGAAGAAUCAACACUUCCGUCUGUCAAUUUUAUUCUCGGAAAUUCCUAAAUGAAUAAAGAAAGUCUGAAAAAUAUAGAUAUUAACAAAUUAUACACACUGAAAACAUGCGCUAUACCGUAAAGUUGUAAGGUUAUGUUUUGGUUUGAUUCCUGGAUUAGCUUAUGGAUAUAUAUUAUAUUGAAACUUAUUUGAGUCACGAGCAUUAUCUUUAUUGCCAUGUGUGUUUUGUGCAAUCCGUGUGUUGUUAUAUUUUCAUAAAUAUUUGUAAAUAUAACGAAGACGUUUGA